AAAAAUUAUAAAAUAAAACAAGUAAACAAACAACUUGAAACCCACCGCUGUGGACUGAUCUCACAGAAAAAUACCUCUCUAUGAAAAAAGAGGGAUGCUUAGGUACUCUCUGGGGUGGGCCUGAAGAAAGGAAGGGUACAGGUGACAAUAACAGGAUGGAGAAGGCUAUGGAAAUCACAGGUCAAGAACAGAAGAGGAAGAGCGGGGGAUGGUAGGGUACAUUGGUGUGGAGGUGACCAGGAAGAUGCAUGGAGGUAGAGAAUGAUUCUCUCAUGGGCUCAGCAGUCUGGCCACUAUCUGAUUAAAAAAGCAAAUUUGACUGCUGACACUAGUCAGGUUUUCAGUAGUAAGGGAUUUGGUUAAAUCACUUUCAUCUUGAUUAGAUCAUUAGCUUUCCACAAAGACCCUUCUAAUGUACAUGCUUAAUGACAGCUUGUCCUUUAAAAAAAAUCCUUCUUUUCUCUCUCUAAUCAAAGGAUUCAUGUUGAGAUCACAACCAAUUUGAACAUAUUGUUCAUGAUGUAUUUCACCCUGCUGUUUUCCAUUUUAAAUGUUGAUCCUUGAACCUUCUUUGGAAAUUAUAAUUCCAAAGGAAGUUUUAAUUUAUUUUAAAAAUAGCCUUUUAUUAAGAGAAUGAUGCAAUAAAUGUGACUAGUUAUUAAGAGCUUAAUUGCUUUAUGACCAAAAAGUCAGCCACAGAAAAAUGAAUCAUGCUGCUAUCCUGUGGACAUUUUGUUCACUUCAUUUUUAAAAUUCUUCUCUAUUAAAAAUUUAAUUAUAAAUAAUACUACUUUAAGUGAGAUCAAAUUAUACUGAAGUAUAUAAGUAAAAUUGAAAAUUGACCUCCCAUCUCAUUCCGCAGACACAACCACUGUUAAUAUUUCUGGUGUCAUGUCUUUGUAGAAACAUUGACAUAUGUUCACAGAUGCAUCAGACAUACAGGUUUUAUUUUUGUUUUACAGCUUUAAGAAACCUCUGUGACUCAAAUAAGCAAUCUGUGUGAACCAAUAUGGAAAUGGAAGAUCUUUGAGAUGAGCAGAGAAAAUUUACUCAGAAAUGGAACAGGAUGUCUCUCUCAAAAGCACUCAGAAUCUGACUCAGCAGAUGGAGAAAACAGAGGUCCUAUGAAGGAAUGAGAAAUGGAAAACAGUGGGGCAGCUCUAUUCACUGCACUGCCUGAUGUUUCGGCAUUGGCCUGGGCCCGAGCCUCUGCUCGCUGCCUGAAUUUUAACAGCAUGCUGAUCCUGCUUCCUGUGUGUCGAAAUCUGCUGUCCUUCCUGAGGGGCACCUGCUCAUUUUGCAGGCGUAGCCUGAGAAAGCAACUGGAUCACAAUCUCACCUUCCACAAACUGGUAGCAUAUAUGAUCUGCCUACACACAGCUAUUCACAUCAUUGCACACCUGUUUAACUUCGAACACUACAGCAGAAGCCGACAGGCCACAGAUGGAUCCCUUGCUUCCAUUCUUUCUACCCUAUCUCAACAAGAGAAAGAUGAAGAUUCUUGGCUAAAUCCUAUUCAGUCCCCAAACAUGACAGUGGAGCAUGUGACAUUUACCAGCAUUGCUGGUGUCACUGGAGUGAUCAUCACAAUAGCUCUGGUUCUCAUGGUGACUUCAGCUAUGGAGUUUAUCCGGAGGAGUUAUUUUGAGGUCUUCUGGUAUACUCACCAUAUUUUUAUCAUCUACUUCAUUGGUUUAGGGAUUCACGGCAUUGGCGGAAUUGUCCGGGGUCAAACAGAAGAGAGCCUAAAUGACAGUCAUCCACACAGGUGUGCAGAAUUUUUCAAGCAGUGGGAUAAUCAUGACUCCUACUGCAAGCAUCCCCGAUUUGAAGGGCUCCCUGCUGAGUCUUGGAAGUGGAUCCUUGCAACAGGCAUUCUUUAUAUCUUUGAAAGGAUUCUCCGAUUUUAUCGCUCAAAGCAGAAGGUUGUGAUUACCAAGGUUGUGAAGCACCCAUCCAAUGUUUUGGAAUUGCAGAUGAGCAAGCGUGGCUUCAGCAUGGAAGUGGGACAAUAUAUUUUUGUUAACUGUCCCUCAAUCUCAUACUUGGAGUGGCAUCCCUUUACUCUGACCUCUGCUCCAGAGGAAGACUUCUUCUCCAUCCAUAUCAGAGCAGUGGGAGACUGGACAGAAAGUCUCAUAAGGGCUUUUGAGCAAAAGCAUUCACCAAUGCCCAGGAUUGAGGUGGAUGGUCCCUUUGGCACUGUCAGUGAAGAUGUUUUCCAGUAUGAAGUGGCUGUGUUGGUCGGAGCAGGAAUUGGGGUCACCCCCUUUGCUUCCAUCUUAAAAUCUAUCUGGUACAAGUUUUGGCAUGCAGAUCACAACCUUAAAACACAAACGAUCUAUUUCUACUGGAUCUGCAGGGAGACAGGUGCUUUUGCCUGGUUCAGUGACCUAUUGGCUUCUCUGGAACAUGAGAUGGAGGAAUUAGGCAAAGUGGAUUUUCUAAACUACCAUCUCUUUCUCACUGGAUGGGACACCAACAUUGCUGGUCAUGCCACAUUAAACUUUGACAAGGCCACUGACAUCCUGACAGGUCUGAAACAGAAGACCUCAUUUGGGAGACCCAUGUGGGACAAUGAAUUUUCUACAAUAGCUAAUGCCCACCCCAAGUCCGUGGUGGGAGUCUUCUUAUGUGGUCCUCAGACUUUGGCAAAGAGCCUGAGUAAAUGCUGUCACCAAUACUCCAGUCUGGAUCCUAGGAAGGUUCAAUUCUACUUCAACAAAGAAAAUUUCUGAAUUACAGGAAUGAGGAUGGUAAUCUGCAUUUAGUCUCUCCUCUGAAUCUCCAACAACUUACUUGGUCUGGUCAGGUACGAGCAGCCACAUAAGGACAGUAACAUGCGCAUUCAGCUCUGACUCCCUGGCAUUCUUUUUGGAUUGGAUUCAACUUCGAUGUCACUGAUCUUCAUGAGGUCACAAUCCUGGGAUCCUUUCUUGGAAAAAUGCAAUGACUGAAGCAAGGCCUAACAGCAGAGGUGGUUGACAAGUUACACAACUUGACCCCAAUUGAUAUUGAUUCUAAGUGUUACUCUCUCCCAGGCUUUUGGUGGUAUUUUCCCUUCCCUCUCACUUUCAAAGAAGAUUUCUAAAGUAGGGUUAUUUUUUAAAUAAAAAAUUUAUUGAAGAAUUAAUGACAAAACAUAAUAAGCAUAAAUAAUAAAACAAUGAACAUAAAAACAAGAACCCAAUCCCUAUAUAACACUAUGUACAUUCUUACUGUUAUUUGAAACAGUCUUAUCCAGUGUGAAUAGAAAUUUGUGCUUUACUGUUUUUGCUUGUCAAGAAAAGGAUUUUCCUCUUAAUGAAUGAAUCUUUCAUUACUUUAUCUAUGCUAGCCAUUUGGGGAAGAAAAUCUUGGAACUAUGCUAAUUGUAAUUGAAAUUGUAUUCUAAUUGAAAGAUAUAUUGUCAUUAGCUUGCAUUGUUCUGUUGGAAAUAACUGCAAAAACUUGAACUCCAUUUUAGGUUGACUUAAUCAACAGGGGCUCUUUAUCACCAUUUUUAUUAUGGGGGUUAUUAAUGUUUAGUUUUAAGAAAAGGUAAUUUAAAAGUUUGAUAUGAUGUUUUGGCUCUCCCCUAUUAAGGAAUCAUUCACCUAAUGACAUAAGCAAAAUGUCUUUUCUCCUAUCAGAAUGCUUUUUAUUUCUGCCAUCCACCCAGCUCUGGGCUGUUAGCAGUCACAGUGAAUCAGUAGAAGACUGGGGCUCUUAAAAGAAAUAAGAAAACCCACACUACAUUGCACCCAGAGACAAUUCAACUCGGUAGAUUAGUAAGAAUGUUUCUACUAAAUUAGCAUUAUGGCACCUAUUUUUCUACCACUAAGUGACCAAAAAUGAAUAAAUGGUUGUUUCUAAUUACCCAGAAAACUUUAUGACUUGAAGGAUUAGUAAGAUCCAUUUUCAGUAACUAGUCUGAACAAAAUAAAUGUUAUCAUGGACACAUGA